CAGAUUUCAGCCUCACGCCUCCUUUACAACCCCAAAGGGGUACACUAAGUGUCCACAGAUCAAAGUUAAUUUUAGCAUUCGUCUUGAGCUUCAGCUCCUCACCGUACGUUCAAGAUGAAGUGCAAGGCUGCAGUUUGGGCUUUAACUUUUUACAUCAUAUGCCCUCCUUGACUGUGAAGUCAUAUGCAUGCCAACAUCCAAAGUAUCCAAAGUCAUCGAGUUCGAUGUAGAUGGUGGUAAAGCGGAUCUCUUUGAUGUUAAUGAAGCGGCUGGUCUCGACCUGUUCGAGGGAGAUAUCGUGUUAGAGAGACAAGGACGGAACUCCAUCAUCGGGGAUCAGUACUUGUGGCCGAAGACGGUUCCCUACUAUUUCGAGGAUGAUCUGGACAUCAAUGCCAAAGGGGUCAUAAUGAAGGCCUUUGAACAGUAUCGCUUGAAGACAUGCAUUGACUACAAACCCUGGAGUGGAGAGGAGAACUAUAUCUCUGUGUUCAAAGGCAAUGGGUGCUUCUCAUCUGUUGGGAAUCGUCAUGUGGGAAAGCAAAGUUUGUCCAUUGGUUCAGGAUGUGACCGUAUUGCCACCGUUGAGCACGAGUUCCUCCACGCUUUGGGCUUCUGGCACGAGCAGUCCCGCUCUGACCGGGAUGAUUACGUCACCAUCAUGUGGGAUCGCAUUUUAGAAGGCAGGGAGCACAAUUUCAACAUAUACAAUGACACCACAUCCAGCAAUCUGAACGUGCCUUACGACUAUGGUUCCAUGAUGCACUACAGCAAGACCGCCUUCCGUAAUGGCACUGAGCCCACCAUCGUCACCAAGAUUCCUGCCUUCAGUGAUGUUAUCGGCCAGCGUAUGGAGUUCAGCGACAGUGACCUGCUGAAGCUCAACCGGCUCUACAACUGCACACGCGGCUCCACUUUCUUGGACACCUGCGACUUUGAGCAGGAGAAUAUUUGCGGGAUGAUCCAAGGUCACGACGACAUGGCAGACUGGGAACGUGUCAGCAUGGCAACCGGCGGACCUGAUACUGACUACUCUAACAUGGGGCAAUGCACUGGGAGGGGCUACUUCAUGCACUUCAGCACUAUCAAUGGCAAUGGAGGGGACACUGCUAUGUUGGAAAGUAGGUUGUUGUAUCCUAACCGAGGUUACCAGUGUCUGCAGUUCUUCCACUACCACAGUGGAAACCCCAGUGACCAGCUGGCCAUUUGGGUGCGAGAGUACGACGAGGCCAACCCUAACGGCACACUACGCUUCAUUCAGCAAAUCGAUGGACCUCCUGAGGAUCUGUGGCAGCUCCACUAUGUUACCCUGGACGUUUCCAAGAAGUUCCGUGUGGUGUUUGUGGGCACCAAAGGUUCCGGAAGCUCCACGGGUGGGCUUUCCUUGGAUGACAUCAACUUGUCUGAGACCACCUGCCCAGAACAUGUGUGGCGGAUCAAGAACUUUAAGAGUGUGAUGGAAAACACACCAAUAGGCACUGCCAUCUACAGCCCUCGCUUCCAGUCCAAGUACGGCUACACGUUCCAGAUGGGGUUGUAUCCCAAUGGUUCUGAAGACUCUCUUGGGGAGCUGGGAGCCUACGCCCAUCUGACGUCCGGAGAUGAUGGGGUCGACGCUGGUCUCGUCUGGCCCUGCCCGUGGAAGCAGAUGACUAUGAUGCUGAUGGACCAGAACGCAGACAUCCGCAGACGCAUGUCCAACCAAAGAAGCGUCACGACUGACCCUACUGAGGUGGCAGAAGGAUCAGAAAUACUUUUCUGGGAUGACCCACGUAAAGUGGGCAUGGAAGUGACGGAGUCAGAUGGCACUAAGUAUUUCAGGGGUCCUGGACGAGGAACUCCGGUGUACCUGACCCAGGCCAGAGCACUCAGCAGGGACUUCAUCAAGGGUGGAGACGCCAUCUUCCUUCUCACCAUGGAAGAUAUAUCCUACCUGGUGCCUUCUCAGCCCCUCCCCUCAUCAACAGCCCCUCCCACGAGUGAAACUCCCACCACCACGACCACAAACACGACCGCGACCACGACCACGACCACAUCUCCUCAUGAUCCAUGUGCCACAGUGACGUGUGAGAAUGACGGGGUUUGUGUGAAGGACAGUGCGACACAAGCGGUGUGCAGGUGUGCGGUUGGGGGAGACUGGUGGUACUACGGCGACAGGUGUCAGUUUAAAAGCUCGACUCAGGAGAACGUGGUCACGGCGGUCGUGGCCUCGGUCGUGAUCUUCGUCGUCAUGCUGGUGGUGACGGUGGUGAGCGUGGUGUGUCUGAAGAAGAAGUACACGCGGAAGAUGAACGAGAUGGGUGGCGGCAUCGUCAUGAAUAACAUGUCUAUAAAAUCCUGAAGCUUUUAAUACACAUUCCAUUAAUAACGCAGAGGAACUCAUAAUUAACCUGUGCUUCAGGACGCCUGUGGGCUCUCGCUGUAAUUGGUUCUCAGGUAAAUUACCUGAGGGCUCAAAUCAGAUCAGCAUGCAUUUCAGAGAUGCAUCGUUUAAGGAUCUUCUUCAUUUCCAUAUAUAUUUGAUUCCGGCAAACUUCAAUUGCCUCUUUUUUAAUGUGAAUUUUUUCUGCCGUAUUUUAAUUGUAUGUGACUCAGUAAAUAUCUUGUUGUUAAUUCAG